CUGCUUAAGGAUCCAUCCAUUUUCACUGUGCUUACGGCUCCAUCGUUAAAACUCGGCACUGCAAUUGCUGACUUUGUCAUUUUCCCCCCUCGAUGGGGUGUGGCUGAGAAUACAUUCAGACCGCCUUAUUAUCACCGAAAUUGUAUGUCUGAAUACAUGGGUUUGAUUGUUGGUUCUUAUGAGGCAAAGGAAGGAGGAUUCCGUCCUGGAGGCGCCUCAUUACACUCGAUGAUGACUCCUCAUGGUCCUGACGUGACUUGCUUCGAGAAGGCCUCGAGGGAUGAGCUGAAACCCCAACGUAUUGCAGAGGGAACAAUGUCGUUCAUGUUUGAAAGCUCGCUAAAUAUGGUCAUUACGGAAAAAGCGAAACACGAGAAC